AUGAUUGCCUUUUCCAAACUAUCCCUAAGGGAUGAAAAUAUCAAGAAUCUUAUAUUGGUUGUCCAGGAGUUCAUUGCUGCAUACAAGGGGAACCGUGUUCGUAUCAACUACUCCCUGAGACCGGUUCUUCUCUUUCUUGGAACUUUGGCCUCUACAGCUGGCUUGGGGGUCAUUUUCACCUUAAGAUCGAUCUUAUUCAAAGUGCAAGAGCAUCAACGUCUGAAGAAAAGACCAACCUUGAUUCGUCAAUCAUCCACUAUUCUUAAGAAUGGAUCUCGUGAAAUCUAUUUGCCUCGUGCGGGGAAUACGAAAUCCCCCACCAGAGUCAUUAUACCAAAACCAAAUCAAGAUCAAUAUGCUGCUGAUAAGUAUUUAUACAAGAAUUUCUAUAUUGAUCAAAAUUUGAAGUCACAAGAAAAUAUCUUGAAUUCAAAAUUUAUCAGUCAAUUGACAAUCAUUUGGAGAAUUCUUAUCCCUAAAUUCUAUUCGAAAAACACAUAUUUAUUCUUUUCUCAAUGUUUCUUUUUAAUUUUGAGAACUUGGCUUUCACUUUUAGUGGCUAAACUUGAUGGUCAAAUCGUUAAGAAUUUGAUUGGUGGUAAUGGUAAGAAAUUCGCUAGAGAUUUAAUUUAUUGGAUUUUAAUUGCAUUCCCCGCCUCCUACACCAAUGCUGCCAUUAAGUAUCUUACCAGCAGACUCUCACUUAGUUUUAGAACUAAUCUUACCAGAUAUAUCCAUGAUAUUUAUUUGGAUAAAGUGAUGAGUUAUUACAAGAUAUCUUUCAAUUCUACUGAUCAAAUUGAAAAUAUUGAUCAAUAUAUUACCAAUGAUGUUGCAAAAUUCUGUGACUCUAUUUGUGGAUUAUUUUCUAGUAUGGGGAAACCAUUCAUUGACCUUGUAUUUUUCGCCGUCUAUUUAAGAGAUAAUUUAGGUACUGGAGCCAUUGUUGGGAUUUUCUUCAAUUAUAUGAUCACUGCUUGGUUUUUAAAGAAGAAUACUCCAUCAUUUGGUAAAUUAUCAUCUCGUAGAACUCAUUUAGAAGGUCAAUACUAUAAUGAGCAUUUGAAUAUUAUUACCAAUUGUGAAGAAAUUGGAUUUUAUAAAGGUUCACUUAUUGAAAAAAUUAAACUUAGUGGUACAUUCAAUAAGUUGAUGCAACAUAUUAAUACAGAAAUUAAUACCACAUUUUCAUAUGCCAUUUUGGAAGAUUAUAUUUUGAAAUAUACUUGGAGUGCUUGGGGUUAUGUUUUUGCUGGAUUACCAGUGUUUUUAGAUGAUAUUUGGCCAAAAGAAGGAUCUGCCACUGCUGGUGGAGCUUCUGCAGUUGUGAAUGAAAAGCAAAACAUGAGACAAUUUAUUAUUAAUAAGAGAUUGAUGUUAAGUAUGGCUGAUGCAGGUUCUAGAUUGAUGUAUUCAAUUAAAGAUAUCUCAGAACUUACCGGUUAUACUGAUAGAGUAUUCACAUUAUUGACCAAUUUACAUCAAGUUCAUUCACCAACUUUCUCUUAUGGACUGAAACUUGGCACUUCCGAUAUUCAUGGAACCAUCCAAAAGAAUUAUCUGAAUGGUUUAAGAUUUGAAAAAAUUCCAAUUAUUAUCCCAUCAAUUGAAGGUUCAGAAAACCCUCCAAUUAUUUCCAAUUUAAAUUUCCAAAUCUCUCAUGGUCAAAACAUGUUGAUUUUAGGAUCUAAUGGAUGUGGUAAGACUGCCAUUGCUCGUAUUCUUGCAGGAUUAUGGCCACUUUACCAUGGAUUAUUGUCGAAACCAAAUGAUGAUGAUGUCUUUUAUUUACCACAAAAGACUUAUUUCACCAAUGGUAACUUAAGAGAUCAAAUUAUAUAUCCACACAGUUAUGAUGAAAUGAUUGAAAUGGGCUACAAUGACGAUCAUUUGUAUCAUAUUUUAAGAGAAGUGAAGCUUGAAUAUCUUUUGACCAGAGAGGGUAACUUCAAUGUUAAGAAAGAUUGGAAGGAUGUGUUCAGUGGAGGUGAAAAGCAAAGAAUGAGUAUUGCUAGAGUCUUAUUUAAAAACCCAAAGUUUGUUAUUUUGGAUGAAUCAACUAAUGCAGUUUCGACUGAUGUUGAAGAUUAUUUAUUUGAAUUAUUACAAAAGAAGGAUCUCACUUUUAUUACUUUGCUGCAUAGACCACUAUUAAUGAAAUACCAUGAUUUCAUUUUGGAGAUCAAGAAUGAACAUGGAGAUGCUGAUCAAUGGGAAUUCCAUGAUUUAACAUCCGAAGAGAACUUACAAAGUAUUGAUAACGAAAUUAAAGAAAUUGAACUGAAAUUGGCUAAGGUUGAAGGAUGGGAGAAGAGAAAGGAUGAGAUUGAUUUAUAUUUAGAUGGUAAGAAUGAUCACAUUGAGGUGAAUAAAGAAGAAGUUGAGAAGGGAAAGGGAAACUUACCGAUAUAG